AUGGACAGAAGGCUAAUUGAGGCUGCACAAAAAGGAGACGUUCGUCAACUGCAUAGUCUGAUCGACGAUGAUCCUUUCCUGAUGAGGGCUGUUGCCUUAUCUGGUGCAGACACUCCAUUACAUAUUGCUUGCAUGGCGGGCAACCUUCAAUUUGUGAAGGAGGUCUUAAAUAUGAGGCCAGGAUUCGCAAAAGAAUUGAACCACGAAGGCUUCAGUCCAUUGCAUAUUGCGGCAGCUAAUGGGGAUGUACGUAUUGUAAAGGAGCUAUUGAAAAUAGAUAGUAAUUUGUGCAUGGUUAAGGGAAAAGAGAGAAGAAUUCCAUUACACUAUGCAGUGAUCAAAGGCAGAACACAAGUGAUUGGAGAACUGCUUUCGGCCUGUGAAGACGGCACAAGGGAAGUGACAGCUCGUGGUGAAACCUCUUUCCAUCUGGCUGCGAAAAACAACCAAUUUGAAGCUCUCAAGAGCCUGGUAGUUUACCACAAGACACACAAUAAAGAGGAUAAUUUGAAUCAGAAGGAUGCUCAAGGGGACACCAUCCUGCAUCUUGCAGUCUCCAGAAAGCAAUACGAGGUUAUUGAGUUGAUGCUGGACGAGAAUUUUGUUACUAAGGGCUUGUUGGAGGUGAAUUCCUUGAACAAAAGAGGUCUUACACCGCUUGAUGUAUUACUAUCAGAAGGGGGUGAUUGUGAAAUCGAGGAAAUGCUUAGGCUAGCUGGGGCUUCAGGAGUCGAAAACAUGAACUCAGGUCAACAGGCAAUGCAAUCAGAUAACAGGAAUGUUGCCACUCAUGAGCCAUCAGAAAGUGAAAUAGGGAGAGAGAGGCCUCGAAAGCCCUCUAAAAAAUUGCAGGACUACUUCAAGUAUGACAAAACUAAAGACUCCCCCACCAAAGUUCGACAUACAUUGCUAGUCAUAGCUGUAUUAAUCGCAACUGCAACCUAUCAAGCUGUUCUUAGUCCACCAGGUGGUGUUUGGCAGGAAGAUGUUAGCCCUACUAGUAACACAACCAACACUAGUGACACUCAGUCAUCACCACCACCUCACACUGCUGGUCGGGCAGUCAUGGGCACACACAAGCCAGUUUCGUAUGGUCUAUUCCUAUUUUUUAACUCAGUUGGCUUCUUUAUGUCCAUUCACAUGAUAAGUUUUCUCACUACUAAAUUUCCUUUACAAUUGGAAUUGCUAAUCUCGCUUGGCGCACUCAUAACAACUUAUGAUACUUGUAUGGUGGCUAUUGCUCCUAAUAGCACACUGUCUACGUUCUUUAAUAUCCUUUCCGGAGUUCUCCCGGUUCUGAUCCCGAUUAUGACCAGGGUGACAAGAGAUUACUUUAAGAGACCAAGAUGUGUAUCGACGAGUACAAGGGCUAGUGCUUGA